GAACAAAAUAGGAACGGACCAUUUGAAAAUUAAAAUAAAAAUCGAGAUGUUAGCUCGGGGCAGGCUAAAUCCGUGGAUAGAGAACUUGAUCGUGAGCUUUGGCGGUGAUGAAGGCCCAAGCAUUGGACCACUCAAGGCACAUGUCAUUGGGGUUGGUCACAUGUCGCAGUCUCAAGCGCUGGGCUCAGAGGGUCCCACGGGGCUACUCUUUCUGUCCGAUGAGCGGGUGCAGAUUCCAGCCGUCCUCACUGCGUCAGCCUGGGAGAACCUCCAGGACCGUGAAGACCGGGAGUGCUUCAGCAGUUUGCUCAACACCACAGUGGGCAUUCAGGAUUAUAAACUGCGAUUUCACAGGUCCGAGGAGCAGACCCAGAGCCGUUUUUAUUUGUUAGUGGGAAAGCUGGUCACAACGGCAGUGGGGGUCAGGGACAACACUCCCUGCUGUACUAGUCUACCCUCUGUCCGGGCUAAAAUUUGUCAGGCAUGGCGUGCUAUGUUGGGGCACGAGGAUUAUUCCCAAAAGAGUGAGAGCAUGUUUAACCUUACAGAGCUACUUGGGGAAUGGCAGCAAGAUUGUCUGCAGUCUGAGCUGGAGCACGUCAGAGAAAAACUCAGCUCUGUGAACCCGCAACCAUCCACCUCAACAAAUUCCACUCCCCUGCCUGAUACAUGUAUGGCCACUGGCUGGGACAUUGAUACUGUUCGAUACAAAGGGGUAGAGAGCUUUACUGUCCCAGUUAAACAGCUCAUUAUCCCAGACAAUGUGGGGCAACAACAUCUACAACCAAAAACUUUCUCAGAGAAUGAGAGGACCUCACUGUCAGAGGCAUCUCCAGAGUCCACAAAUAUGCAAUCAGCUUUACCUGAACCUGGACAGCAAAGUACCAGUGAUAAUGUGUCUAAUUCCAUUGAGUUUGCACCUGUAGGGCUGAGUGCUGUUGACAUGAGUUGUAUGUCCAACCCUUGGAACAUGUGUCCUCCUCCCAGCAACACAUCUUCAACCAAAUCCAGCCCUGAAUCCACUCCACUUCCACGCAGGCCCAUCUUCAGUGAAUCCACCACUAAUCUCUCCCAUCUGGACCCCAGCACCCACUCAAAAGGGUCCCAGAGAGAACUUACAGCAGAGCCAAGUUUGAUUUCACCUUACCAGAGACCUGCCUCAGCAACCCCCCUCUCCACCUCCUCAAAACAGUCUGCAAAUGCACUGUCCAACAUGUCUCAAGUUCCUAAUCUUGACAGCUCCACAACAGAAGAAACAUCAGAUGAACAGCCUAGCAGAAAAUGUAAAAGGUCUUUGAGGAAGAGAAGUGCUUCUCCCAUAGAUGUGAAAGAGAUUUUACAUAAAGAGAUCAGCCCUCCUUCAUGGUUGUUUGACUCCCAGAUGGGGGCCACAUCUGAGCAGAGCACCUCUCAGAUGCAGAUUUCCUCUGCUGAGCAGCAAACUAAUGUGUACACCUGUGUCCACACAGAUGGCAAACCAUUCUCCUACACCUACCAGGUCAAAGCUCAGGAACUGCAGCACUUGAGCCAUUUCACUGUGAAGCAGGAUCUCCAGCAGUGGGCAGUGAGGUAUCUGCUGAGGCCCACACACAUAAAGCACAAGAGUACAGGUGUAGCUGCACCCACGACUCAACACAGCCACAUUACAAUAUCUUAGAACUUGGCUGUCUAAGAUUGUGUGUAAAAAUAUUGCUAUUUUGUAGUUCAAGUUAUUUUAUACAUAUAAUUGUUUAUAUCAAUGAUGUACAUUAUAAUGAUUGUGGUUACAUUCACAAUAGAUUUUUUAUGUGUUCUGGACUGCAUUAUAACAAUUAUAUACAUGUAAUUCAAAUGCAAAAAAAACACUUUCUUUUCAGCUGGAAUAAUUAAGACAGCUAGGUUGUUUUAAAUAGGAUUUUUUUUUAUAACACCACUGUCCUGUGUGCCAUAGCAAAAUAACCUUACUGCAUUGCUAUGCAAUGAUGUUAGAGUCCAUGUUUGAAAAUUAAAUUAUGUUGUCCUACAGUUUAUUUUACAUUCAAAGUUUUAGA